CUCCCCUGUUUCUCUCUCUCUCUCUCUCUCUCUCUCUCUCUCUAUUCUCCUCCUACCAUGUUAUUAUUAUACUCACUGUGUAUAUAUAUAUAUAUAUAUAAGGAGGAGUUUCGAUUUUCUGAAGUGGGUAUGUGAAAAUUUCGCUGUAGAGAAUAUGUAGGAGGCGGGAAUAGGAAUCGGAGGAAGGUGGUGUAGUUGGAGAGGAGGAAGGAGGAGACAAUGGAUGGGGGUAGAAGCUUGUGAGGAGGAGGAGGAUUGGGAGGGGUUAGAGUGAGAGAAGGGGAGUUUGGUUUUGUUGGAUUGGGUGGAAACAUGUCUCAGAACAACUGGGAAGCGGAUAAAAUGUUGGAUGUAUAUAUAUACGACUAUUUAGUGAAGAGGAACCUGCAUGCCUCGGCAAAGGCAUUUCAAACUGAGGCUAAGGUGUCCGCGGAUCCUGUCGCUAUCGAUGCUCCUGGCGGUUUCCUGUUCGAAUGGUGGUCGGUGUUUUGGGAUAUUUUCAUUGCGCGGACAAAUGAGAAGCACUCUGAUGUCGCCGCGUCGUAUAUAGAAACUCAGCUAAUUAAAGCUCGAGAACAGCACCAGCAACCACAGCAGCAACUGCAGCAGCCGUUUCAGCAGCAACAACAGCAGCAAAUUCAAAUGCAGCAGCUUUUACAGAGGCAUGCACAACAUCAGCAGCAGCAGCAGCAGCAGCAGCUUCAACAGCAACAGCAGCAGCAGCAGCAGCAGCAGCAGCAGCAACAGCAGCUACUGCAGCAGCAGCAACAACAACAGCAUAGAGAUGCCGCAAAUGUGAUUAAUGGUGCACCAAAUGGCCUUGUUACUUCUGAUCCUCUGAUUCGACAGAACCCCGGAACUGCUAAUGCAAUGGCUGCAAAAAUGUAUGAAGAAAGACUCAAGUUGCCUAUGCAAAGGGAUGCUCUCGACGAGGCACCUAUUAAACAAAGAUUCACAGAGAAUACGAGCCAGUUGUUGGAUUCGAACCAUGCUUCCAUCUUGAAGUCGACUGCAACUUCUGGCCAACUUCCAGGGCAAAUUUUGCAUGGUUCAGCUGGCAGCAUGGCGAGCACCUUGCAGCAAAUGCAGAAUAGAAAUCAAGUGAAUCAAGCGCUCCCUGGAUCGACACAGGAUAUUAAGGCUGAAAUUAAUCCAGUGUUAAACCCCAGAGCUGCAGCUUCUGAUGGAUCAUUAGUUGGAAUACAAGGAACAAAUCAGGGUGGGAACAAUUUGACAUUGAAAGGAUGGCCCCUCACAGGUCUAGAUCAGCUUCGGUCGGGAAUUCUACAGCAAAAGAACUCAUUUGCGCAGUCUCCUCAACCUCUCCACCAACUUCAGUUUCUAAGUCCACAACAACAGCAACUUCUAUUGCAGGCGCAACAGAAUUUGGCGUCCCCGUCACCUGGAGAUAUUGAUAGUAGAAGGCUUAGGAUGUUUCUCAGCAAUAGAAGUUUAAUUGUCGGGAAGGAUGGCCCAACAGGUGCUGUCGGUGAUGUCAUGCCAAAUGUUGGGCCUCCGAUGCAGAAUGUGUGCUCAGUCUUGCCGCGCACCGAUACAGACAUGUUAAUUAAGAAGAUAGCUCAGUUGCAACAGCAGCAGCAAAGCAGCACCCAGCAGCAGCAGCAGCAGCAGCAUCUCCAACAUCAUCCCAUACCGAGCCAGCAGUCACAAAGUUCUAAUCAUCAUAUAAACCAGCAGGAGAAAAUGGGCACUGCUGGUGUAGCGGUGGAGGGAAGCGUAUCAAACUCCUAUAGAAAUGAUCAGACUUCGAAGAAUCAAAAUGGCCGUAAGCGGAAACAACCCGUGUCAUCGUCUGGUCCAGCCAACAGUUCAGGAACUGCAAACACUGCAGGCCCCUCUCCCAGCUCAGCUCCCUCAACACCUUCCACUCAUACACCGGGGGAUGUUAUAUCUGUGCCUUCGCUGCCACACAGCGGGAGCUCGUCAAAGCCUCUAAUUGUGUUUGGCUCUGAUGGCCCUGGAACCCUAACAUCUCCAUCUAACCAAUUGGUUGACAUGGAUCGCUUUGUGGAGGAUGGAUCCCUGGAUGAAAAUGUUGAUUCAUUUUUGUCUCAUGAUGUUGCAGAUCCAAGAGAUACAAUUAGUCGAUGUAUGGAUGUCAGUAAAGCUGGGUUUGCAUUUACUGAGAUUCGAUCAACAAGGGCUAGUACGAGUAAAGUAAUUUGCUGCCAUUUCUCAUCAGAUGGAAAGUUACUUGCUAGUGGUGGCCAUGAUAAGAAGGCGGUUUUGUGGUAUACCGAUACACUCAAACCAAAAUCUACACUAGAAGAACACUCUCUACUGAUAACAGAUGUUCGAUUUAGUCCCAGCAUAGCUCGAUUAGCCACGUCAUCUUUUGAUAAAACUGUGAGGGUAUGGGAUGCGGACAAUCCGGGCUAUUCACUGCGUACUUUUACUGGACACUCUGCGUCUGUUAUGUCUCUGGACUUCCACCCAAACAAAGAGGAUCUCAUAUGCUCCUGUGAUGGUGACGGUGAAAUACGCUAUUGGAGCGUCAAUAAUGGGAGCUGCAUAAGAGUUUUCAAGGGUGGCACGACCCAGAUGAGAUUUCAACCUCGUCUGGGCCGAUAUCUCGCAGCUGCUGCUGAGAAUAUAGUGUCUAUUCUGGACGUUGAGACUCAAAUAUGCAUUCAUUCAUUGCAGGGGCACACGAAGCACGUCCACUCAGUGUGUUGGGAUCCGAGUGGUGAAUAUGUUGUUUCUGUUAGCGAGGACUCUGUUAGGGUUUGGUCGCUCAGUUCUGGGAAUGAUGGGGAAUGUGUACAUGAGUUGAGCUGUAGUGGAAACAAGUUCCACUCCUGUGUUUUCCACCCCACCUAUCCACAUUUGCUGGUAAUUGGAUGUUACCAGUCUCUUGAGUUGUGGGACAUGUCAGAAAACGAGACUAUGACUCUCCCAGCGCACGAAGGACUGAUCGCGGCCUUGGCGGUGUCGAAUGCGAAUGGAUUGGUGGCUUCUGUGAGCCAUGACAAGUUCAUCAAACUGUGGAAGUGAACCAUUUUCUUCAGAAGAGAGAAGGGCUUAUCUGCAGAUACCUUUAUCUGUCUGCUUCCUCUGCAACCUCCAGUUCGUAUGUACUGCAUAACAUGAUCUUCCUAUGAGGAAAAGAUUUGUGUACGCCUUUUUGAUUUCAGGUUAUGCGUCGAUGCCUUUGGAUAAGAUCUGCAUCAAACCUCACAAGCAGUAGGCUACUAGGCUUCAUUUGACUAUAGAUCCUAGCUGUGGUCGGUUUUCUGACUGUAAUAUUGCUCUACCUAUGCCGUUUCUUUGCACUUUGAUGUUUGUUGCUUAGCUGCAUUUGCAACAUGAGUUUUGGCUAACUAUAUAUAUGAAGCCAUUUUGGUAACAGA